GGGCAAUUGGCGGGGGGUUAGAGACGGAAAUGUUGAAACCCCCAUUCAUCGGUCGCGUUUAGUAUAGGUUGGGCGAUUAAAUGAGAUGUUCUGGUGCCCGUGGUAGAAUCGAUAAUAUUUCCACCUAUUUCGCAAGGCGGGAGAUGUCCCAAGCGUCGCAGCCAGUGGCGUGUGGACUGCUGACAGUGAUCAUUUCAGCGAGCGGUUAUUUUUCUCCUUUCGUAUUCAACACAGGAGUCUUCUGGAAUCUAGAUUGUACACCUUUUAAGUUAUAUGGCUCAGCCUAAGAACCAGCUGAUUUUGUGUCUGACGCAUGGAUACGACUGCCGCCAGUGGUAAAUAUACAGGUAUGCAAGAGGUACGAGUUUCCACGACAUGUUUUCCACCUACUUCCCCA